AGGCUGUGCAAUCUUAGAACAUUUUACCGUGCAACUGGGCGAAAGUAAUGAUACCAAAUUGAAAGAGCACCGUCAUCUAGUGACAAGUCCUACAGUGAAUGCCUUUUUAAUUUUGUUGUAUUAUAAAACCAUGUAUUUCCGGUUUGUAGAUACAGAUGGCGCUUGUUGCUGUUAGCCGACUAAGUUGAAAGUACGGUUUUAGUUCAUUACAGCUGUAGUGACGAAGUGACCAUUUUAUUCUUGAAUCAUUAUAAUCCGUAUGGUGGAUGCUAAAUGUUACCAUUCAAAAAAAAAAAAAAUUUUAGUAGUUUUAUGUUAUCAUCAUUGUAUAUAUUUUGAGAUAUAGUUUAAACAAAUAAAUUAUAAAAACUGCCAUAAUUUUAAUUUAAUUUAAAACAGUAAAAACUUGAUCUAAAUAAUUAACAAAAUUCGCGUCGUAGUAGUUAUUUUGUACUUUUUACUUGCAGUAAUGAAACAAGCUGUCAACAAUCAAUGGCGGUCUGUCUGUCGUUAGUGCCGGUUGUUUUUGUUGAUAAAUUCAUCAAUUUAUAACCUAGUGCUUCUCCGAAUCUCCGUAAUUCUUCAAGUUGAGCCACUGCUCCUUGGGUUUACGUCGAGUGUUUUCAUCAAACUAGUGCUUCUCCGUGAAUUCGUUGAGUUGAGCCCUUGCUCCUCACGAUUAGCGUCGAGUGUUUGUUCUAGUAUUUUUCGAGAUAGAGACUCUGAGACUAUAGUGCUUCUAAGUGACAUUACCAUGUCUAGUAAACGUUGUUGUGUUCCUCAGUGUGUGGAAGUCGAAGGCUCUUACAGAGUUCUUCAUUGGUUUCCAAACCCUGAUAAGGACAUUGCUCGUUUCCGAACAUGGGUUCAUGCUAUUGGAGGAGAAAUUUUGAGUCUGAGCAAUGAAAAUAUUUAUAAACUUCGUCGAGUUUGUCAUGCUCAUUUCGAAGAGAAAUAUUGUUGCCGUUACAACAAAAUUUCUAACAUAGCUGUUCCAACAUUACAUAUGCCAGGACCUUUAUCAAAAUUUAUCGAAGCUGGGUUUUUUUUUCAAUGAUGCGUGAGCAUUCUCCUUUCUGGUUAUGUAUUAGAAAAUCUAAUUUUAUGGCUGGUUUUACAGUGUGCUGACGGUCUGCGUUGACAAGUCAAUAUGUAUGGUAGCUUAUGAAGCGCUUUAGUUAAAGCUAUGGCACAUGAACACUUGAACAGGUUGGCGAGUAGUAAUGUAGAUUUUGUAAUGGUACGGAUCUCCCUCGUAUCAACCUCAAGUGAACUUACCAAUUUUGAACACAACUCUUUGUUUUCCUUCGCUAGUGUGUAAACGGCCAGUAUAUGUAAUAAAAAACAUAAUUAAGGUACCUUUCAAGCAAACGCAUUACCAUCUGUUCGCAUCCCAUGAGUUGCUUCAAUUUCCGUAUCAUCGACAAAGUCCACUUG